UGCACAAAAAGUGAUCAUUGGAAAAAAUUCCCACGUGCGAGUUAACAGUGUUGAUUCAUAUUUGAGGCUUUCGUAGGUUUUGAUAUUUCUCUGUGAUUUAGUAUACAGUCGGUAUAUCAGAUUAGAAUAAUGAAACGACAGAGAUUGGGGAAAGCAAGCAAAAGGUUGUCCUGUAGCAAGAAAUACAGAAUAGAAAAGAAUGUAAGAGCGCACAACAAAAAGGUGAAGCGAGAUGCCAAGAAAAAUCCGGGGAAAUAUAAGAAAUCAAAGAAAGAUCCAGGAGUUCCAAACGCUGCUCCCUUUAAAGAAAAAAUAUUGAGGGAAGCACAACAGAGGAAAGAAAGAGAGGAAGAAGAGAAAAAACGACAAAAAGAAAGAAGGUUAAACGAGGUGAAUAAACGUCGUAGUUUGGAAGGUUUACAAAAAGAUGCACUUCAUCGUCAAAAAGAAUUUGAACAAAAGUCAAUUACUUUAAACAAGAUGAAGGAAUCUACUUCAACAAAGACGAACGAAACAUCGAGAAAAGCUUAUUAUAAAGAAUUUAAAAAGGUUGUUGAGAGUUCAGAUGUUGUGAUAGAAGUCCUGGAUGCGCGAGAUCCUCUUGGAUGUAGAUGUUUGGAAGUGGAGAAAACUAUAUUGGAGUCCGGACCAAACAAACGAAUUGUUUUACUUCUUAACAAGAUAGAUUUGGUUCCAAAGGAGAAUGUUGAAGCUUGGUUGAAAUAUCUUCGAAGUCAGUUUCCUACUGUCGCGUUUAAAGCUUCAACGCAAGCACAGAAUAUUAACCUGACACAAUGCAAAGUUCCACUGAAGACAAUGAACUCCCAACUUUUAUCAACCACGAGUCAAUGUGUGGGAGCCGACAGUUUGUUGAAACUUUUAUCGAAUUAUUGUCGACAUAACGAAGUUGAAACUUCCAUUAGAGUUGGAGUUGUUGGUUUUCCCAACGUUGGCAAGAGCAGUGUUAUCAACAGCUUGAAGAGAGCAAGGGCAUGUAAUGUUGGUGCAGUGCCUGGUGUUACCAAGUCAAUGCAAGAGGUUUCUUUGAACAAAAACAUAAACAUCCUUGAUUGUCCUGGUAUCGUCAUGGUAACUGGAACCAGUGAUGCUGCAGUUAUACUCAGGAAUUGUGUCAAGAUUGAAUCAAUUGAUGAUCCCGUAACUCCUGUGGCUGCUAUUUUGAAACGAUGCAACAAAAACCAGAUGAUGAUGAGGUACAACAUCACUGAUUACAAGGAUGAGAUGGAAUUCCUGCAGUUGCUUGCAAAGAAACAGGGCAAGUUGUUAAAGGGAGGCGUGCCAAAUGUGGAUUUUGCAGCAAAAAGUGUUUUACACGAUUGGAACAGUGGCAGAAUAUCCUACUACACCCACCCUCCACUACAAGAAAAUGCUGCCGCACAAGUUGAAGCGAAGAUUGUCAACAAAAUGGCCGACGAAUUUGACUGGGGUGCAUUAGAAGAAGAUAAUCUCCGAGCUUUGAAUGAAGUUGCGGCUCCUUCAUCAUCGCAUUCCAUUUUAUAUCAAUCAUCGGGUGUCACCACUGCUUCUAUGGAAACAGAAAACAAAGAAGAAGAUGAAGAGAUUGAAGAUGUUGACGGUGGUGAUGAUAAUGGGGAAGAAUGGGAGGACAUGGAAAUGGACAAACCAACAAAUUUUGAAUUGGGUGAAAUCACUGUCAAGGUUGAUUCAAAAAAGAAAAAGGCAAAAAAAGCUGAAAAGAAAGUUCCCUCUGUUAAAGAAAACAUUGAAGAUAUUGUAACUGAAGGAAGUAAUAUUCAAGCUAAUAAAAAACUCAAGGAAAUUAUGAAAAAUAAUAAAAAGAAGAGAAAACGCGCAGACAAAAUCUCAGAUAAGCUUGGAGACUCACUGCUCUCUGCCAUGAAUUUUAAUUUAAAUUCAAAUUCAAUGGAAGCAGAAGAAUACGAUUUCAACACGGAUUUAAAUUUACCAUCAUGAGCACUAGGACACUUGUACGUAAUUGUGUCUGCUUUAACAUUUUUCAACUGGUGAAAUACAAAAGAAUGAACAAUUACAUAAAAUCAAGACA